UGUUGAUAAAUCAUUGUGAGUCUCACCAAAUAUUUCAUUGUGCAUAACAUCUGAUAAAGGCUGAUGGAUAAAUAUGGAGUGGGGGAGGACUACAUAUAGCUUUAGGUGACACAACUGAAUUGUGGGGGUGUUUCUCAUUGUUUGCAAUGGAGCCAAAAUGCUGCUUUAAAAAAACAGACAAGCUUCUUAACAUUACUGUGCAGUGGUACCUUGGGUUACAUACGCUUCAGGUUGCAUAUGCUUCAGGUUACAUACUCCACUAAACCAGAAAUAGUGCUUCAGGUUAAGAACUUUGCUUCAGGAUGAGAACAGAAAUUGUGCUCCGGCGGCGUGGUGGCAGCAGCAGGAGGCCCCAUUAGCUAAAGUGGUGCUUCAGGUUAAGAACAGUUUCAGGUUAAGUAAAGACCUCCAGAACAAAUUAAGUACUUAACCUGAGGUACCACUGUAGAGAUCCUCUCAGUAGCCACCAGCUUGACUGAUUCUAGGUCUAGGGCAGUCUGUGAAAAUAUGGUGAGCAACCAUAGUUUAAACUACUACAAUUGUACUGAGCAGCUGAAGCACCUAGGUGAAAAUAUUUGCAGUCUUGUGAAAAAGCUCACUGUCUAAAGAGAUCAAGAAACAACAGGGUAAGGAAACCUUAUUUAGCCUGUUAUUAUGGACUACAUCUCCCAACAUCCCUCACCAUUGGCCAUGCUGGCUUCAGCUGAUGGGACUUGUAGUCCAAAACAUAUGAAUUGGCUCAGGUUUAGAGGAGCUAGGGUAGAAAUAUAGCUUGUAAAGUCUAUAUUAGUCUAUGUUUCCGUCUUAGGGUCGGCAAAGGAGGUUCUCUAGAGCUCUAGGAGGGGUCAACAUAAGAGAAGCACUGCUACAUCAAACCAAAGGCUCAUCUGUGCAAAUAUAUUGUUCUCACAGUGGCUUCCCAGCAGAACAUGUAGCCCUCUGACUCCAACGCCCAUCAGCACAGCCAAUUGGCAAAGAUUGUGGAACAUUUGGAGGGCCACAAGUUCUGCACCUCUGCUCAAGGGGGAUAUGGUUUUGUUUAGGGGAAGGGCCUUAGCUCAAUGGUAGAACAUCUGUUUUGCAUGCACAAGACCCUCAGUUAAUCUCUGGCAUCUCCAGGGAGGGCUGGGAGAGAACCCUGUCUGAAAUCCUGGAAAACGGCUGCAUAGACAAUCCUUUGCUAGCUGGACUAGUGGACUAGACAGCUCUUUGCAUUCCUAGGCUCCCCCCCCCCCCCCCGAUUCAGGAGCUUUACUGGGCUUCCUAUCAAUUUGCAGAGCCUUUACCAAAAAACAACAACCCAUGGCUGUUUUUUCUCCUUCUCCCCAUCUUCCUUUGUUCUGUUUGUGCAGCAUUUGGUGCCUAGGACUAGAACGAAAGAUAGCUAAAAAGGUCUCCCUGUUCCCUACAUCCUCCACGUGACUGGCUGUCACUGAUGGGGAAAAUGAAUGAGUUAAAUAAAACAGAUGAGUAAUGAAUUAAAAUUUGACCUUUGGGGAUUCAUUUGUUAUUCUUCCAUAUGUUUCAUAAUGGGCCCUAUUAUUACUUGUUCAGCUCCCCCACACCUGACCUUAGCUUAAAAUAACAACAUGCUUUAGACUUUACUAUGGAUGGGGCAGGGGGUAUUCCUUUCCCCUUUACAAGAAAAUCUACCUAAUUCAUGCUUUCUGAAACAGUACAUGAAGCAAAACACAGCCAUAGUUCUCUGAAUUUUGCAAUGCAGCUCUGCAUCCGAGUAACAUGUACAGAAAUGCAUAUAUUUGGUCAAAAUUUCAUUAAAAGGUGUGUGUUUGUGAAGAUAAGAUGCAAAAGUGUGUUAUACUAGAGGAAAUGCAAACAAGCAAGCCUACGAGGAGGAAUUUACCCUAAAAUGCUGGUGAGGACUUUUUAACAAAUGUGAAAAUGUGGUGAACUUAAUAUGAGCUUUGACUAAUGAGAAACUGAGAGAAACAGAUUUUCAGAUUCACCCAUUCCUAAGACUUCCCUUGUAAGGGGAAUUUAAUCCCUUGGUCAUUUGUGUUGCUUUUGUUGCUGCCCUUUCUCAAACUCCAUGGUAUCCCUUUCCUAAAAUAAGGAAUCGCUGAAGGAAACUGAACUGUAUUAUGGAACAUACUGGGAGAGUAGCCCUUCUCCCACAGCUUGACAGUGGUCAAAGAGGGGACUUUGGGGGGCUGGGGGGGUCAUCAACUUCUCUGUGAGCACUCAGUUCUCAUUUUAUAAAAGAGGACGCCUUUAGCCCAUUUACUGAUGAUAUAUGAAAAAGCACAGAGGCUGUAUUUUGCCCAACUGCUUAGUAUCAAUUCAACUUUCUCCCACCUUCCCUUUUACUCCCGAAUUGAUUGACAACUUUUCUUUUAAGCAAUCAUUCUUUAUGGAUAUUUAUUGAUAUUUUAAAUUGUUUUUAAUGGAUUGUUUUAGCCUUACAUGCUGUCCUCCAGCUUGCACUAUCUCUAUCUCUAUCUCUAUCUCUAUCAUCUAUCUAUAUCUAUACAGAUUUAAAAAUUCACAGAUAAAUAAAGGAAUAAAGUACUAAUAAGGAACAUUUAUAGGAGAGGAGAAGUCAGAGAGCAGAUGAAUCAGCUGUGCUGAUGGAGUCAGUUUUCUCUCUCUGCUGCAGCCAGGUGGAAUGGAUGCUAAUAGAUGUACCGUAUUUUUUGCUCUAUAAGACUCGCUUUUUCCCUCCUAAAAAGUAAGGGGAAAUGUGUGUGCGUCUUAUGGAGCGAAUGCAGGCUGUGCAGCUAUCCCAGAAGCCAGAACACCAAGUGGGAUUGCUGCUUUCACUGCACAGCGAUCCCUGUUGCUGUUCUGGUUUCUGGCUUCUGAGAUUCAGAAUAUUUUUUUUCUUGUUUUCCUCCUCCAAAAACUAGGUGCGUCUUGUGGUCUG